AUGGAGACCAGAGAAUCAUGCACACGAGAAAAGAACAUCAUUCGUGUCGCUUCUUAUAAUCGCCGAGAUUUUGACUUCGCGGUCGCCAGAAUCAAUCCACAUGAGCACGAGCGUACCCACGAUUCUGUCCUCCAGCCCGCUCGCUCCCCUUCAUCCACCCUUGGAUGUCUUGAAAAUCUAUCCCUUGAGUUACUCCCUGAAAUAUGCCGGCUCCUGGAUCUCAAAUCACUGUUCAAAUUUCGCCAAAUCAGCAUGCGUGCCCAAGAAAUAGUUUGUGGAAUCCGCAUCUAUCGAAUAAGCAUGGCUUAUGCCCUCGAAGCCGUCUGUGCUAUUAUCAGGACAAACAUCGCGUCAUGUCUAAUUGACGAGGGAUACUGGACUUUGAAUGGUCCGGAUGUCAGCUACUGGGAGGAAAAAGAGGGCUACGAGCCAGAGCAUACGGAGAAAGACAAAUACACGCUCUACGAUGAGGACAAUUAUGGUAUUUUCCAGGAAGUUGAGCUGAGCGAGUUUCUGUAUGACUUUAACCCUGUCGGGGCGGAAGAGACUGGGAAGGGUGCGGAUACGAAAAUUAUGGUGAAUCCACAUGGACGUACCACUACAGCGGACAAUGCUCAGAAUGCUACGGAAAAGCCUGAGGCUGCCGGGGCUAUCGUGGUUUCAUUGAUCGAUUCCCAGAACUCACUGGUGACUGUGGAAAUCACAUGGCAUGCCCCUACUGCAUGGGAUACGACUUUGCAUAUAAUGAGUGGGUAA